CGGCAAGUUCCAGGGAGUCAGGGACUGCAUGCUCCAUCUGUGCUCACCCUACAAGCAAGCAAGCAAGCAACCAGUCCGGCCGGCCUGCGCCGCACACACAGUGCAAGCUUUACUCCGCUGCUAGCUCCUCAUCCUCUCGCUAUGAUGCGCGCCCGCGGGGAGGUGGCGCUGGCCGUGCUGCUGCUGGCGGCGGCGGCGCUCAUGCUGUCGUCGCUGGACUCGCGCAGCGACGUCAGGCUCCUGGAGAUCGGGGACGCCGACGCCGAGCUGCUGCUCCUGCCGCUGCUGGACGGCGCCGUGGGUCCCGAGAGCCUCGUGUUCGCCGACGAUGACGACGGGGACGGCGGCCCGUUCACGGGCGUGUCGGACGGCCGCGUCCUCAGGUGGGUGCCCGCCGAGCGCCGGUGGGCCGAGCACUCCUCCUCCGCCGCGCCCGAGGACCUGCUGGACAGCUGCAGAGGCUCCCAGGACCCGGGCCGUGAGCACGAGUGCGGCCGCCCACUGGGCCUCAAGUUCAACCACGCCACCGGGGAGCUCUACGUGGCGGACGCCUACCACGGCCUCCGCGUCGUCUCGCCGGACGACGGCAAGGUGUCGAGGCCGGUGGCGCCGCAGUGGUGGCGGCAGGGCACCGGCCGCCCCUUCAGCUUCGCCAACGGCGUCGAGCUCGACCCGGAAACCGGCGCCGUCUACUUCACCGAGACGAGCACGAGGUUCCAGCGGAGGGAGUUCCUGAGCAUCGUCAUCUCCGGCGACACCACGGGGAGGCUGCUGCGGUACGACCCGAAGAGCGGGGAGGUGGAGGUGCUGGUCGACGGCCUGGCGUUCCCCAACGGCCUCGCGAUGAGCAGGGACGGCACGCACCUGCUCCUCGCGGAGACCACCACGGGGAGGAUCCUCCGGUACUGGCUCCGGCCGCCGGCGGCGAAGGCGGCGGGGGCGAUGGAAGAGGUGGCGCGGCUGCCGUGGUUCCCGGACAACAUCAGGAUGAGCCCCCGGGGAGGCUUCUGGGUGGGGAUCCACGCCAAGAGGGGCAAGAUUGCCGAGUGGUGCAUCUCCUACCCGUGGCUCCGGCGGGUCGUGCUGUCGCUGCCGCCGCGCCAUGUCCAGCGCGCCUCGUGGCUGCUGAACCGGCUUGGGCGGCAGGUGAUCGCGGUGAGGUUGAGUGAGGAGGACGGGAAGGUGAUGGAGAUGAUCAGCGUUCAUGGGGAUCUUCAGAAGGUGUUCAGGUCGGUCAGUGAAGUGGAGGAGAGGAAUGGCAGCCUCUGGAUUGGCUCUGUCAUGUCGCCGUUUCUUGGAGUGUACAAGUUGUAGUAGAAGCAUUUACAUGGUGUUGUGUUAUACGCUUAAAUUUGGGUUGAGUAUAUGUUACUAGUAGCUUAUUACAGUGAAGGAAAACAUAGAUCAUAUCACAUAUCUCUCUCUCUAUAUGUGUGUGUAUAGAUGCUAUUAAAGUGAUUUUCUAGAAUAAAUUCUACGUAGGAUGUAAUUUUGUACAAGUGAAUAAGGAGAAGUUAAUUAAUAAA